GAGGGCCGGAGCUGGAGCCGGAGGGAAAGGGAGGGGAAAGGAGAGGGAGGGGAGGGGAGGGGGCUGCCCGCGGGGGGUUGGGUCAUUGUCUUUUAGAAUUUGGGAGCCUUUGAAAAGCCGUGGGCCCUCCCACCGCUAUUGUGCGGGGGAAGAUGUAGCAGCUUCUGCUCCGGACCAACCCUUUGCCUUCGGACUUCUCCGGGGCCAGCAGCCACCCGACCAGGGGCCCGGGGCCACGGGCUCAGCCGACGACCAUGGGCUCCGUGUCCAACCAGCAGUUUGCAGGUGGCUGCGCCAAGGCGGCAGAAGAGGCGCCCGAGGAGGCGCCGGAGGACGCGGCCCGGGCGGCGGACGAGCCUCAGCUGCUGCACGGUGCGGGCAUCUGUAAGUGGUUCAACGUGCGCAUGGGGUUCGGCUUCCUGUCCAUGACCGCCCGCGCCGGGGUCGCGCUCGACCCCCCAGUGGAUGUCUUUGUGCACCAGAGUAAGCUGCACAUGGAAGGGUUCCGCAGCUUGAAGGAGGGUGAGGCAGUGGAGUUCACCUUUAAGAAGUCAGCCAAGGGUCUGGAAUCCAUCCGUGUCACCGGACCUGGUGGAGUAUUCUGUAUUGGGAGUGAGAGGCGGCCAAAAGGAAAGAACAUGCAGAAGCGCAGAUCAAAAGGAGACAGGUGCUACAACUGUGGAGGUCUAGAUCAUCAUGCCAAGGAAUGCAAGCUGCCACCCCAGCCCAAGAAGUGCCACUUCUGCCAGAGCAUCAGCCAUAUGGUAGCCUCAUGUCCGCUGAAGGCCCAGCAGGGCCCUAGUGCACAGGGAAAGCCAACCUACUUUCGAGAGGAAGAAGAAGAAAUCCAUAGCCCUACCCUGCUCCCGGAGGCACAGAAUUGAGCCACAAUGGGUGGGGGCUAUUCUUUUGCUAUCAGGAAGUUUCGAGGAGCAGGCAGAGUGGAGAAAGUGGGAAUAGGGUGCAUUGGGGCUAGUUGGCACUGCCAUGUAUCUCAGGCUUGGGUUCACACCAUCACCCUUUCUUCCCUCUAGGUGGGGGGAAAGGGUGAGUCAAAGGAACUCCAACCAUGCUCUGUCCAAAUGCAAGUGAGGGUUCUGGGGGCAACCAGGAGGGGGGAAUCACCCUACAACCUGCAUACUUUGAGUCUCCAUCCCCAGAAUUUCCAGCUUUUGAAAGUGGCCUGGAUAGGGAAGUUGUUUUCCUUUUAAAGAAGGAUAUAUAAUUCCCAUGCCAGAGUGAAAUGAUUAAGUAUAAGACCAGAUUCAUGGAGCCAAGCCACUACAUUCUGUGGAAGGAGAUCUCUCAGGAUUAAGCAUUGUUUUUUUUCACAUCUUGUAUCCUCAUACCCACUUUUGGGAUAGGGUGCUGGCAGCUGUCCCAAGCAAUGGGUAAUGAUGAUGGCAAAAAGGGUGUUUGGGGGAACAGCUGCAGACCUGCUGCUCUAUGCUCACCCCCGCCCCAUUCUGGGCCAAUGUGAUUUUAUUUAUUUGCUCCCUUGGAUACUGCACCUUGGGUCCCACUUUCUCCAGGAUGCCAACUGCACUAGCUGUGUGCGAAUGACGUAUCUUGUGCAUUUUAACUUUUUUUCCUUAAUAUAAAUAUUCUGGUUUUGUAUUUUUGUAUAUUUUAAUCUAAGGCCCUCAUUUCCUGCACUGUGUUCUCAGGUACAUGAGCAAUCUCAGGGAUAGCCGGCAGCAGCUCCAGGUCUGCGCAGCAGGAAUUACUUUUUGUUGUUUUUGCCACCGUGGAGAGCAACUAUUUGGAGUGCACAGCCUAUUGAACUACCUCAUUUUUGCCAAUAAGAGCUGGCUUUUCUGCCAUAGUGUCCUCUUGAAACCCCCUCUGCCUUGAAAAUGUUUUAUGGGAGACUAGGUUUUAACUGGGUGGCCCCAUGACUUGAUUGCCUUCUACUGGAAGAUUGGGAAUUAGUCUAAACAGGAAAUGGUGGUACACAGAGGCUAGGAGAGGCUGGGCCCGGUGAAAAGGCCAGAGAGCAAGCCAAGAUUAGGUGAGGGUUGUCUAAUCCUAUGGCACAGGACGUGCUUUACAUCUCCAGAUCUGUUCUUCACCAGAUUAGGUUAGGCCUACCACGUGCCACAGGGUGUGUGUGUGUUUGUAAAACUAGAGUUGCUAAGGAUAAGUUUAAAGAUCAAUACCCCUGUACUUAAUCCUGUGCUGUCGAGGGAUGGAUAUAUGAAGUAAGGUGAGAUCCUUAACCUUUCAAAAUUUUCGGGUUCCAGGGAGACACACAAGCAAGGGCUUUGUGGUGCCUGGAGCCUGUGUCCUGCCCUGCUACAGUAGUGAUUAAUAGUGUCAUGGUAGCUAAAGGAGAAAAAGGGGGUUUCGUUUACAUGCUGUGAGAUCACCGCAAACCUACCUCACUGUGUUGAAACGGGACAAAUGCAAUAGAACGCAUUGGGUGGUGUGUGUCUGAUCCUGGGUUCUUGUCUCCCCUAAAUGCUGCCCCCCAAGUUACUGUAUUUGUCUGGGCUUUGUAGGACUUCACUAAGUUGAUUGCUAGGUGGCCUAGUUUGUGUAAAUAUAAUGUAUUGGUCUUUCUCCGUGUUCUUUGGGGGUUUUGUUUACAAACUUCUUUUUGUAUUGAGAGAAAAAUAGCCAAAGCAUCUUUGACAGAAGGUUCUGCACCAGGCAAAAAGAUCUGAAACAUUAGUUUGGGGGGCCCUCUUCUUAAAGUGGGGAUCUUGAACCAUCCUUUCUUUUGUAUUCCCCUUCCCCUAUUACCUAUUAGACCAGAUCUUCUGUCCUAAAAACUUGUCUUCUACCCUGCCCUCUUUUCUGUUCACCCCCAAAAGAAAACUUACACACCCACACACAUACACAUUUCAUGCUUGGAGUGUCUCCACAACUCUUAAAUGAUGUAUGCAAAAAUACUGAAGCUAGGAAAACCCUCCAUCCCUUGUUCCCAACCUCCUAAGUCAAGACCAUUACCAUUUCUUUCUUUCUUUUUUUUUUUUUUUAAGAUGGAGUCUCGCUGUGUCGCCCAGGCUGGAGUGCAGUGGCAUGAUCGGCUCACUGCAGCCUCUGCCUCUUGGGUUCAAGCGAUUCUCCUGCCUCAGCCUCCUGAGUAGCUGGGAUUUCAGGCACCCGCCACACCCAGCUAAUUUUUGUAUUUUUAGUAGAGACGGGGUUUCACCAUGUUGUCCAGGCUGGUCUGGAACUCCUGACCUCAGGUGAUCUGCCCACCUUGGCUUCCCAAAGUGCUGGGAUUACAGGCAUGAGCCACCACGCUGGGCCGACCAUUUCUUGAUGUAUUCAUGCCAAACACUUAAGACACUGCUGUAGCCCAGGCGCGGUGGCUCACACCUGUAAUCCCAGCACUUUGGAAGGCUGAGGUGGGCGGAUCACAAGGUCACGAGUUCAAAACCAUCCUGGCCAACACAGUGAAACCCCAUCUCUACUAAAAUACAAAAAAAUUAGCCGAGUGUGGUGGUGCAUACCUUUAGUCCUAGCUAUUCAGGAGGCUGAGGCAGGGGAAUCGCUUGAACCCGGGAGGCAGAGGUUGCAGUGAGCUGAGAUCGCACCACUGCACUCCAGCCUGGUUACAGAGCAAGACUCUGUCUCAAAAAAAACAAAACAAAACAAAACAAAACAAAAACACAGUACUGUAUUUUGGAUGGAUCAAACCUCCUUAAUUUUAAUUUCUAAUCCUAAAGUAAAGAGAUGCAAUUGGGGGCCUUCCAUGUAGAAAGUGGGGUCAGGAGGCCAAGAAAGGGAAUAUGAAUGUAUAUCCAAGUCACUCAGGAACUUUUAUGCAGGUGCUAGAAACUUUAUGUCAAAGUGGCCACAAGAUUGUUUAAUAGGAGACGAACGAAUGUAACUCCAUGUUUACUGCUAGAAACCAAAGCUUUGUGUAAAAUCUUGAAUUUAUGGGGCGGGAGGGUAGGAAAGCCUGUACCUGUCUGUUUUUUUCCUGAUCCUUUUCCCUCAUUCCUGAACUGCAGGAGACUGAGCCCCUUUGGGCUUUGGUGACCCCAUCACUGGGGUGUGUUUAUUUGAUGGUUGAUUUUGCUGUACUGGGUACUUCCUUUCCCAUUUUCUAAUCAUUUUUUAACACAAGCUGACUCUUCCCUUCCCUUCUCCUUUCCCUGGGAAAAUACAAUGAAUAAAUAAAGACUUAUUGGUACUCAAACUGUCA